CCUACAUGCGUCACUUUUCGGAAUUUACAUUUCCGAUCAUUUCGAUUCCCAACGUGAAAGAAAAAAAAUAGAUGAUGUCUCUUUUGUUUACAAUUUCACAACAUGGACAUUUCCAGGAUUACUAGUAAUUUCAUCAUUUUUUCUUGAAUUAAAAAGAAUAAUUAGCAUACACAGCGUGACAUAGCAAAACUUUCUAGCCAUAAUGAUCGUGUAAAAUCAAAGAAAUAGAACACAACAGGUUAAACCACUUCGUUUGAAAGGUCAUCAUAAAUCAGAUAAAACAAAAUGGAUGGUGACCUGGUUGAACAGGAUAACCCUGAUUAUGGUGGAACGCUCGAUCCUGUUCUAGAAGCAUUCAAGUGCAAAUGGGAAAAAGAGCAGCUGGAGAUAAAGAAACAAAUCAGUUUAGAAGAUGACAUGAUAGUUAAAAAGAUGCUGUCCCAAUCAUCAGAGGAGACAUUUUAUAUUGGGGGCAUGGACAUUUCCUUUGUAAAGGGAGAUGAUGUUAAUGCCUGUGCUGCACUGGUUGUCUGCUCUUUUCCUGAUUUAGAGGUUGUGUAUGAAGAUUAUCAGAUGGUGAAACUUACACAACCAUACAUUGCUGGGUUCCUGGCUUUUAGAGAAGUGGAAUUCAUGGUUCAGUUAUAUGAGAAUGUAAAGAAAAACGAACCUAAAUAUACACCACAGGUGAUCAUGGUCGAUGGAAAUGGAAUAUUACAUCACAGAGGUGUAGGAGCGGGCUGUCAGUUAGGAGUGUUAUUGGAUGUACCUUGUCUGGGGGUGGCCAAAAAUCUCCUGCAGGUUGAUGGCAUUGAGAAAAAUGAAAAACAUGCUGAAUUGAUUGCAAAUUUGAAGAAAAGCGGAGACAGUUUUCCUCUGGUCGGGGUAUCAGGAAAAUACUAUGGAAAGGGACUGAAGGGCUGUGAAGGAGCCACUAAACCUGUUUAUGUUUCACCUGGACACAAAAUCAGCAUUGAAUCAGCAGCAUUACUGGUACACCAGUGUUGUAAAUUCAGGGUCCCAGAGCCAAUCAGAAAGGCUGACAUAAAUUCCAGAGAGUAUCUACGUGUCAACUUUAAAGGUGAUUCAUAGUACCAUGGCAACACGGAAUACAUGUAUAUCAUGUCCGUAUCUUUGAAUAGAGAAUACAUGUAUAUCAUGUCCGUGUCUUUGUUUAUAGUUAGCACACUUGUAUGGACAGAAUUACAAUAUGUUGCAACAAAGUUGGAGGGGAUGAAGCUAUUAAUGCACUCAUGUGAGAUACUGUAAAUCACUUUUUAUUCGUGAGAGCUCUAUUUUCACAUAAUUACGCGAGACGGUAUGCUCGCGAAAAUUUCAUACUCGCGUAUAAAAUCAUUCCUAAAGAUUAUAUAGAGAAAUGACCCUAAUUCGUGAAAAUUUUGUCUCGCUAAUAAAGAGUUGAUGACUAUUUCGCGAAAAUAAGGUGUCGCGAAAAUUAAGUGACCUACAGUAGGGUAUAUGUAUGAGUGUGAAUAAAUAAGUGUGUCCUUAUAAUGGAAAUGUAGGCAAGUAUUAAAUAAAUUAUUGACAUUUGUGGAUGGAUGUGCUGUUUUCUUAGGGAAUCACCACUUUGCAUUGUCCUUGUUUAUGUCUGUUGCCAAGAGAUUCAGACUUUGACUGCAAUAUUGUUUUUAUUCAGUACAUUGAAAAGUUGUUGGAAUAUUAUAUACCAUGCACUAUGUUAAUUGUUGAAUGUUCAAAUGUGAUGUAUUUAAUCAGCCUUUUGACUUUAAUCUAAAAUACUAAGUAUCAGUAGACAUUGUGCAAACAAAUGUCCUUGUUUUUUUUUUUUUAUUUAUGCUGAAAAAUUGAUGCUAAUAAUCAUAUAAGGGUUUAAGUCAAGCAACUCACAAGAGCCAUAUAGGGCUUGUGUACUUAAGUACAUAUUGACAUUAACUUAUUUACAAUCUAAUUAAAAUUAGAUCUUUGAUCCACUCCAACUAGAUCGCUACUUUUGUGGUGGAUCAAAGAUCUAAUUUUAAUUAGAUCGCUUAAUUUGUGUAUUUUUAAAACAUCUUAAUGAGAUUUUACACUCAUUAAAUAUCAUGUACUUUAGAUUUUUAGUACAUAUUUAUGUAUAUGGAUUUAUUUUUAUUUAUAUAUGUUUGGGCAUAUUACAUAUUGUAUUAUUUUAAUCAAUGUUUACAAGAUUUACAAUACAUGUCUGUGAUAAAAAAAAUACAUCCAGCAAGUCUGCAUACAUAUCAAUAAACAUC